UUUAAGACAAGUAUUAUUUCUUUGGACAAUCUCUAUAGAUACGUGUGUGAAUAUUACAAGAACUGCCUUAGAAGUUUGACCUAUCUCAUUCCAAGCUCUCUAAUAUAUCUUUUGCUCCGUCUUCAACUCAAACAUCGAACACACACAGAGAGAGAUACACUUAUUACACAUUGAUGUACAUUUAUACAUUGACUUGGAUCAAACGAAGCCACUCUUGAUUGAUUCAUGGAUGAUGAAAAGUUGUGGAAAGUUUCCAAGAAAGAUCCCAUCUUCGAAACCACUCAUUUCUCUUCAAAACAUGUUUUCACAAGAAGCUUCUCAACUAAAACUUGUUCUUCCUCUUCUUCUUCGAAACCUAUCUUCACACGAAGUUUCUCAACUAAACCCACUUCCUACUCUUCAUCAUCAGAGCCCAUCUUUAGACGAAGCUUCUCUGCAAAACCUGCUCCUUCGAAAUCUCCGUUUCUGUCUAGAAGCGGUUCAACCAAAUGCCAAGCUGACACAUCUUCUAUGACUUCUUCCGCUUCAAAGUGUUCCAUCCCUCGGAGCUUGUCUCAGAAAGGAGCUUCCGUGACCCGAAAGUGUCGUAAUAUUGCCAAGGAGCACAAGUCCCGGUUUUACAUCAUGAAACGCUGCGUUUCAAUGCUCCUUUGUUGGCACAAACAUGCCUGAGAUCGAUUGUUAUAGAAGAUGUGAAGAAGAAACAAAAGAUUAGGUUAAAUAUUUUUACAGAUUUUACUCGAUUUUUUCCCUUUCAUUCUUUACCG